UUUUCAUUAUUCUAUUUCAUCCAUUUUUUUUAUUAUAUAAUUGCAUUAUUGUUUUAUUAUAACCCAAACUCAAUCUGUUGAUCAGGGUUAGGGUUAGUUAGGGUUAGAACGUUGAAAACGUUCUUGAUGUCAUAGUGUCACCUCUGAGCGCUGUUUCGGUCCAUAAUUGCACCACCAAUCAGCGCUGUUUGACAGCGGACUUGAAUUCCUCUGUGUUGACCAUUUAUACAUACACUGUCUAAAAUGGUUCCCUCCUAUAUCCUUCGGGGAAUCAACAUGAAUUAAUGGAAAUCAAACACAAUCAAUCACAUCUCUAUAAAAACCCGUCGUCUGCCCAACAACGUGCUGUCUCCUCCCCAGCAGCGUGCUAUCGCCUCCCCAGCCCUGCACUGAUUCCCGGUGGCUCAGAUCCAGUUGUUCUUGUCUAGCCAGUCGCGGCUGUAAGGAGGGUGCAGGUGAAAGGACCGAGGAGGGAGAGGGAGGCACCCACACAGAAAAGCAGAGGAGGAGACAGCUAUCAGAAACAAAAGAUGACUGCGUAAAACAAAAUGGAUACGGCAAAACAUAGUCUGUCCUCCAAAGCGUCCCAUGUAAACAAUGGCGAAGGUAGCGGCCAAGCCCAGGACGAAGCGGCAGCCCAGUGGGCAGACCGGGGAGGAGGGCUGGAGUGGCAAAAAGAUCAGGACACUGCCGAGAUGGACUCCGUCGAUGGGAUCCUCACUGCCGAUCCCCUCCUUGUCCACAGGGGGUCAGAAAACGUCAAGCAUAAGUUCCACUCCAUGGCCUAUAGACGGACCAAGCAGAAGGUCGUGACCAACUUUGCGACGGUUAAGGGGAUAUCUCCGGCCAGUAAACCCCGAGCCGCCCUGAAACAGGUCCUCUUCAGCCAGGGUGUGUCUGACAAGAACAACGUUCCUGAGGACAGGGUGCAGGUGGAAGCCUUGAAGCAGGCUCUGCAGGCCUACCGUGUGCCUGCGGACCUGAGGUGGGUCUGGGAGGGGCCCGGCCAGGGUACCACGCUGGAGAACAGCUGGACGGACAUCGUGAAGUCCCACUCGACCAUGUCAAAGAUCCAGAGACACCAGCAGGAGGCGCUGUGGGAGUUUGUUCAUACCGAGCUCACUUACAUUAACAAGCUGACAGUCAUCAAGGAUCUGGUUAUUGCUGCCCUGGUCAACCUGCAACAGCAUGGGUUCCUCCUGGAGAUCACCCCCAGGUCGCUCUUCUCCAACCUCUCUUUAAUCCUCAAUGCUCACCGCCAGUUCUGGCAGGAAGUGAUCUAUCCCAUGUUACAAGAAGUGCGAUGGACAGGGAUGCCCUUUGACCCCAGGAGUUUAGAGGCGGGCUGCCUGCAGUUCAGUGAGCGUUUCUCCAGCUACAUACCGUACUGCUGGGAGCAGGAGAACACGUUGGAAUUUGCAAAGCGGCAAAUCGACACAAACCCUCAUUUUGUUGUUUACCUGAAGUGGGUGGAGACCCAUCCUCAGUGCAACCGCAUGCGUCUGGGGGACAUGCAGGCCAAGCCCCACCAGAGGAUCACCAAGUACCCCCUGCUGCUCAAGGCCGUGCUGAAGAACACCCCUGACCCUGACCUACAGCAGACCAUCAGGGACAUGUUGUCUAGUGUAAAUGGUUUUCUGGAGACCAUCAAUGACUACCUGAGGUGUAUGGAUGAAAAGCAUGCCCUUUCCAUCUCUGCCCAGAGACUAGAGGGAUAUGAAGUACCGGGAAUAAAUGAGGAAAUUGACAAGCAUAUACGAGAGUUCUGCCACUUUGACCUGACACUCCCCAUGGUGGGAGUCGGUCCCACGUUUGUUCGGAAGCUUCUGCUGGAGGAGAACCUGAAGAUGCGUGGUGGGAAAGACAGCAAGGAAGAGGUGGUGGCCCUGCUGUUCUCAGAUGUGCUGCUCAUUUCCAAAGUGCAGAAGAAGGUGGAGAGGCUGAAGGUGGCGCGCCCUCCUCUGGCUUUGGACAGGACCUGCUGUGUGCCGCUGAAAGACGGCUUUUCAUUUCUUCUCGUGGAGGUCAGUGAGCUUGGCUGUGCUAUGAACAUCUACAUAUUUGUGACGGCCACUGCAGUGAGCUGCUCCAAGUGGGUCUCCACCAUUCAUCAGGCAAAGGCCACGCUGAAGACCCUGAAAGAGGUUGAAACCAGCAGACAGUUGGACAGCCAGAGAAUCCAACCCUCUGACACCAAGCCCAUCGAGGAGGCCAAAGAGGAAACCAUGGAGACUAUCAACGAACAUGUUGAGCAAUCAGCGGACGAUACCAUUCUGCAUCAACCUUCUGUGGAACCUCUUAAAAUCCAAUCCGGAAACGGUUUGUUUAAGCUCCCUUCAUUACCGGUGGCAAUUCAACCUUCAACGUGGUGGAUUGAAAAGCAGGUGAAGCAAAGGGCAGAUGAAGAAGUGGAGGUAGUGUUUCUAGGGUCAGAAGAGCGAAGGGUCACAUGGAAUCACAACAAGACCUUUGCAGCAGAUAAUUUAAGAAGCAAACCCAAAGAUGGAAAAAAUCUCUACAACGGUAAAUACCCAGAGGUAGACUAUCUGACCAUUGAACCGGUCGCCCCUCCAAAAGACCAUCUACUGAGCAACUCCCCCAACUCAAUCGAAGAGGUUCCAUCAUCACCCGUUGGCGGGACAACAAGGCCAAUGAAGACGGGGUACAAUAUCCAGCUGGAGGACCAUAAGGUAUGGACGGACCCCGGCAAAAGCCUUUCAACAGAUGUGGCUUUUCUAGAAGUGGGGAGGUUCUCCAGAAAAUUAAAGUCCCCCAAGUUACGCAGAAGAAGGCCCUAUAGUAGCCAACACGUCGAUGCAUACCAGACCCACGGGACGUUUUUUGGAGAAUCAGAGAUGGUGUGGACAACUCCACCCACCAACUCUUCAUCCAACUCGGACUCGGACUCCAGUCAGAAACUCCAAGGACACUUUGACCAGAGACACACAAACAACGACACCAGCCACAGAGUGCUCAAGCUUGGCUUUCUGAAGACGCACCCGGCGAUGUUCUUGAACAUGUACGAAAACCGCGUCUCUCCAGAGCCUGAGACUUUCUCUGAGCCGGAACUUCCCCAGGAGCUCCCAGAGGAGAGGAACUCUGUCAAAGCACAGAGGAGUGCCUCCAUACCGGACAUUCACAAGCUUCACGCCACCUCCACCAGCCCAGUGCUGAGAACAUAUAUGGGGGAGCGAUCUCCUCGCCUCAACCGCCACCCACAUGCACACGUGUCUCCCGUGGAGGGGCUCUUGGAACGUGCCAAAGUGAGGGUCCGGAGAGAAGGAGGGCAAACUGGAAGGAAUGAGAACGCGCAGGACACAAGGACAUGGAUCCUGCCACCUUCUCCUCCAUUGUUCUCAGAGUCGCUGUGUCCAUCGCCCAGCGAUGGGGACCGGGAGGUGGAGCUGAUGAGACACAGAGUGCCCACAGUCAGUCAGGGAUGGAGGGAACAACUCGUCGAUGGAGAUGCAGAAGACAAGAAGUACAGCCAUAUCUUCGUGAAUGAGCUGAGUGUGGAUUGGCCAGCCUUGUGCUUCGACGAUGAUCAGGAUAUCGAUCAUCUCGAGCCGAUUGACGUCAGCAACGAAGGCACAGGGAUGCUGGAGGACAUUCAAAGGACACUUACCACAUUGAACAUCAGAGGAGUCCAAGAAUCAAAGAUCAGCCAGGUGUAAUUCAGGCUGGAUCAGGUCUCUAGACUGGAUGGACCUCAGAUACCAAUUUAAAUGUGUGUGUGUGUGUGUGUGUGUGUGUGUGUGUGUGUGUGUGUGUGUGUGUGUGUGUGUGUGUGUGUGUGUGUGUGUGUGUGUGUGUGUGUGUGUGUGUGUGUGUGUGUGUCGCACACAUGAUUUGUUUGAAUUAUCAUGAUACAUCUUAGCACUUUUCAACCAAAUAGUGAGGAAAAAUGUGAGUAACGAAUGUACCAUUUUAAUUAACAGCAAAUUUAACUAAGCUGAUGAUUCAAUACUUAAUUUGCACCACAUCUGAUGUUAUUGCUUUAUAUAAAUUAUGGCUAAUGUGACAAUACUCUAAUUCAGCAACACAAAAAAUGAUAUAUUAUUUGUACCUAACAGAUGUAUAACUAUAAUUAAGUCAGUGUUUUUUAUAAAUGGAUAAACAUAGAAAAUAUUUUUUUUGUUUCAAAUGAUCGAUUAGUUUACAUUUUGAUCUCUAAUUUAUUAAUGUUUACAAUUUUAAUUUUAACAUUUCUACAUUAAAAUAUCUACAUUGACUUUGUUAUACAUUUUGUUGUUGUGUACUUACAUAUCCCAUAUGCUUUCAACUACGUUCAAACUCAUAGAAAUAUGUAUUUUUAUUCUAGGCAACGCGUGCGUUUUAUUUGGUCGCCUAUCAAUGGCGUAAUUUCCCCUUUACCCCCUUACUUCCGGUUAAACUAAUCCAGUAGAGACAUAAUUUAUUGAUAGGAUAUUUCCAUAUCGAUCUAGCUUUACUACGAUAUGCUACUAUGAGAAGGGGCUCAAGCCAGCCUCUGAGCUAAUGCCUACGGUAACGUUAUAACGUUACUUACCACAACAUUCAACAUACUCAUAAAGUCAUUUUCCAUAUCAUUGUUACCAAUUAUAAUUGGUAAGGCCCUCGAUUAGCCCCUGAUUCCACAAAAGUUCAAAAUGUUUCUUCGACAUUUGUAAGCAGGUCUCCAAAAGGGUUUGGUGCUAAUUUUCCGA